AUGACAAUCAGCGGGAACCCGCAAGAAGCAGGAUAUCUUCGGGCUAUCUCUCGCCAACUUUUGCUGGGUCUUGACUUUCUUCACCAGUCAGGCAUCGUUCAUUGUGAUCUUCAACCGGCAAACAUUCUGUUCUCAGUUGCUGGAACUAUGGAUAUGGAGGCCUUGUUACAGCCCCCCGAGUUCAGGCCAGUUAAGUGGCUAGAAGGGAUGAGCGAAGAUGACAGUGCCCCCAAAUAUUUAAUGCCCACCCAAAGGCGCCGGGGACAAUUGAGUAACGCGCAUUUCUCAACGCUUGAGGUUAGGAUCGGGGAUCUGGGCGGAGCUCAAUAUGUCCAACACUGUGACCAAAAACCAGUAACGCCUCUGGGGUUGCGUGCACCUGAGCUGAUGCAACGACAUACCGAUGAUAUUGCCGUUGACACUGCCAUAGAUAUCUGGACCUUAGGUUGCUUGAUAUUCGAACUUGCAACGAACGAGCCAUUGUUCCCUCUGGAUACAUUCGGCCUCACACGAGAGGAGAUAGACAAUGACCAUUCUUCUUUUAUUGAGCAAAGACUCGGUUCGAACAACCAGAAGAAUGGGGACUUCAAAUUAUACCUGAGAGAUAGGCUACCGGAGAAAUUUGGUGCUGAGAAUAUAGAGACUCUCACAUCGUUCCUUUCCCUUAUGUUGCAGAAAGACCCUCGCGACCGAUUACCGGCAAAAAAGUUACUUCGGACUCCUUUCUUGACGGAUGGAUACUCGCAUUGA